CGCCGCUCGCCCCUCCGCCCGGCCGCUGCGGCAGUGUCUCGGAGGCGGGCAGGCGGCCGGUCCCUCCGGUCCCCCGGCAGCAUCCCGGCCCCGCCAUGGCUGGCGUCGGCUUCGCGGCGCACCGCCUGGAGCUGCUCGCCUCCUACCAGGACGUGAUCGGCGAGGACAGCCCCACCGACUGGGCCCUCUACACAUAUGAGGAUGGCUCUGAUGACCUGAAGCUGGCAGCAUCAGGAGGUGGAGGUUUGCUGGAGCUUUCUGGCCACUUUGAGAUUCAGAAGGUGAUGUAUGGCUUCUGCAGCGUCAAGGACCCCCAGGCCGUGCUCCCCAAAUAUGUCCUCGUCAACUGGGUGGGUGAGGACGUGCCGGACGCCCGCAAAUGCGCCUGUGCCAGCCACGUAGCCAAGAUUGCCGAGUUCUUCCAGGGUGUCGAUGUCAUUGUCAAUGCCAGCAGCGUGGAGGACAUUGACCCCGGGGCCAUCGGGCAGCGGCUCUCCAACGGGCUGGCCCGUGUCUCCAGCCCGGUGCUGCACCGCCUGCGGCUGCGCGAGGACGAGAACGCCGAGCCCGUGGGCACCACUUACCAGAAAACCGAUGCCACCGUGGAGAUGAAGCGGCUCAACCGGGAGCAGUUCUGGGAACAGGCAAAGAAAGAGGAGGAAUUGCGUAAGGAGGAGGAGCGGAAAAAGGCCCUGGACGCCCGGCUGCGGUUCGAGCAGGAGCGGAUGGAGCAGGAGCGGCUGGAGCAGGAGGAGCGGGAGCGGCGCUACCGGGAGCGCGAGGAGCAGAUCGAGGAGCACAGGAGGAAGCAGCAGAGCUUGGAGGCGGAGGAGGCCCGGCAGCGCCUGAAGGAGCAGUCCAUCUUUGGGGACCAGCAAGAGGAAGACGACAGGCAGCAGUUUAGGAAAUCGGAGUCAGAGGUGGAGGAGGCUGCUGCCAUCAUCGCUCAGCGGCCUGACAACCCCCGGGACUUCUUCAAGCAGCAGGAGCGGGUGGCAUCAGGCAGCAGCGAUGCUGUCUCGCCGGGCAGCCACAGGACAGGUCGUCUGCACUGUCCUUUCAUAAAGACAGCUGACAGUGGGCCACCUUCUUCCUCCUCCUCCUCCUCCUCCCCCCCACGGACCCCCUUCCCCUAUAUCUCCUGCCACCGCACUCCAAAUCUCUCCUCUUUCUUCCCAUGCAGCCAGUCGGACGCCUUCCGCAAGGCCUCGGCAGCGGGCUGCAGCCCCUGCGAGUCCAGCCCGGCCGCCACGCCGCUGGGCGAACCGGGCACCCGCGCGCCCGCUGACCAGACGCCGGCAACGCCCAAAGAGUCCCCCAGCCCCAGCGCACAGGAGCCCGGGCCAGCCACGCCCGAGCAACACUGGCCCUUCCCAGGGCCCGAGGACAAGGCCAUCGAGCCCCCUGGGGACGAGCCCAGUCCCAGGCCAGUGUGGACAGCGGGGGGUGAUGCCCUGGGGGACCUGGUGACCCUGGAGCCCACCGAGCCCUCCCUGCCACCCGUGGCCGACGAGCCCCAAACUGGGGAAGCCCCCAACCCUGAGAGCCUCAUCGACCUGUGGCAGAGCGACGGGGUGACUCCCCCAGCUGCCUGGCCCCUGCCUGCUGCCCCUGUCCCCGAGACACCCCCGGCCAUGCUGCCCGAGGAGGGGGCCCUGCUGAGCCUGGAAGAGCUGCCUGAGCCCCCUGCCACCUUCUGCGACGCGGAGCAGGAGGAUGAGGAUGAGGAAGAGGCAGCUGGCGAGGGGGAACCCCAGUCCCAGGAUCUGGGCUGCCAACACACACCCCAGGAAGACACCCCGGGCCGAGAGACGCCCCCCAUCACCAAUGGGGAGAUGGCCCACAAGGAUGGGACACCGGGUCGUGGGGAGCAGGCCAGCGAGGGCUACUUCAGCCAGUCCCAGGAGGAGGAGGUGCCCCCCACCGAGGAGCUGUCUGCCAAAGCCCCCCAGCCCGUCUUCUACAACAAGCCCCCAGAGAUCGACAUCACGUGCUGGGAUGCAGACCCUCUGCCCGAGGAAGAGGAGAGCUUUGGGGGGGCCCUGUGAGGCCAGGCCCCGCUGCCGGCACAGGCAGCCCGCCCCGGCCGGCGCGGGGCACGAGGGGGCUGCAGCCGGGGGCCGGGCCCCCCUCACCCCUCUGGGGCCCCGCAGGAUGAGGCCUCCAGGUGGCGGCCACCCCGCUGCAGCCCCGCCCCGGGGCACCUUUUACAGCCCCCCCUUCUCCUCCUCUCUUUUUUAAGUUGUCGGUAGGAGCCGUGUCAGCCCCCCAGCCCUCCCUUAGCACCCUCCCCCCCGAUACCCCAGCGCCCCUUUGGGGGGGACGACACACGCUCGCAUCCCCUGCCCGGCUGUGGGACAGGGUCCUCGUUCUCUUCGUGCCCCCCCCCCGGGAGCCCCCCCAGUACUUUGCACGAGUUCAAAGAAAAAAAAAAAAAAAAAGAAAUAAUAAUAAUAAUAAUAAUAAAUGAAUAUGGCAAUAAAGUGACCCGACCGAGGCAAGGCUGCAGCCAGCGGCGUCCCCCCCCCCAAACCCCAGCAGGGAGCUGAUGUGGGGGCUUUUACCCCUUCCCCACUCCUUCUUUGCUGGGAGCCCUCUCCUCCCCUGCUUGGCCCGUGCUUGGCCCCUCUCCUCCCCCCAUUCCCCCCAGAAACUUUUUGGAAAGCACAAGUUCUGUACCGGCGGUGUGCUCAUGUCUGUUAAUAAAUAAAGCGUCUCCCACGGGGGCUGCAGCCUGCUGGGGGGGCAGGGAGGGCUGGGACUGGGGGGCUAUG